AUUUCUUUUGCUGCCGAAGAUCAUUAGUAACCAUGUCGGCCGAACUGCAGUGGAUGAUCGUCAAAGACCGGUCCAGCUACCUGGUCAAGAAGCGGAUGAUCAAAACGUGGUUCAGCAUUGACCCCCUCAACCCUAAGGGAACGCACGCCAAGCGCUACAGCGGCACCGUGAGGGACAAGGCCCUCACCAUUGAACCCCACAGCAGCGGUAAAGGUGUUACGCUGGUCUACAAGAAGCAAGCUAAUCGCAAGAAGCCGGCGAAGUCGCUUGACCGCGUGCCCCUCAAGAAGGGAGCCCGCCGCACAAUGUCCUCUAUCAAGAAGUGGGUGAAGGGACACCAGUACUACAGGAAGGAUUUGCAGACCUUGUGCCUCCGUCGUGCCAGUGCCAUCCUCAGGAGUCAAAAGGCUAUUGUGCCCAAAAAGAAGAGUGCUCGCCCCGCUAAGAAGGCCGACUGAGUGAUCACAUCAGACCAAUAAAACAUGCUUUGAAGCAGA